GUCUCUUACAUGGACACAAGAGUACCGGAGGAAAGUUUGGAUCAGUAGUUUUGGAUCAUCUCCACGCCAAGUGCAUACACGGAGAAUAAGCAAUACAUGCGUAGACAACCCCGUGUCUCUGUUUUCUGCAUUUUUUUCAACUAACCACAAGUGGACUGCAAACUUUUGACAACUUGGAGUAUUCGUCUUCUGAGGGAAUUUCCUGUUCAUCACCCUUUUGCACGUCGGGGUUUCCUCUUUUUAUUCGUAUUUGGGAUUUAUUGGCUUGAACAUAUCCAAGGGGUACUUUGAUGGGCUUGCAUGCGCAGAUAAAGUGAAUACAAGAGAACAUCAGAAAGAGCUCCCAGUGAGUUUCAAUGAUUUAUUGGCCCGUGGACGCUUAACAACACAGUACAGAUCCUCUCCACCAUGGGACGACUUAUGAUUGCAGCUUUCCUCUGUAUCAUGAUAAGCCAGGGGUUUUGUUCUGGCGUUUUCGAGUUAAAGCUGCAGGAGUUUCUUAACAAGAGAGGGGUGACAGGCAACGCAAACUGCUGCAAAGAAUCUGCGUCCGCGUCAGGGAUUCAGCAAUGUGAAUGCAAAACCUUUUUUAGGAUUUGCCUUAAACAUUACCAAGCCAAUGUCUCUCCGGAUCCUCCAUGCACAUACGGUGGCGCAGUCACCCCGGUGCUCGGAUCAAACUCUUUCCAAGUUCCCGAGACCUCUCCAGACAGUUCUUUCACCAACCCCAUUCAGUUCUCAUUCGGAUUCACAUGGCCGGGUACCUUUUCGCUUAUUAUUGAAGCGCUGCACACCGAAUCCAACGACGAUCUGUCAACAGAAAACCCAGACAGACUCAUCAGUCGUAUGACCACCCAGAGGCAUUUGACAGUGGGUGAGGAAUGGUCCCAGGAUCUACAGGUUGGUGGGAGGACAGAGUUUAAGUACUUGUACAGAUUCGUCUGUGAUGAGCAUUACUACGGCGAGGGCUGCUCGGUCUUCUGCCGUUCCCGCGACGACACCUUUGGCCACUUUACCUGUGGAGAGCGCGGAGAGAUCAUCUGCAAUUCCGGAUGGAAAGGACAGUACUGCACAGAACCAAACUGUCUUCCGGGAUGUGAUGAGGACCAUGGAUUUUGCGACAAACCUGGAGAAUGCAAGUGCAGAGUGGGCUUUAGUGGAAAGUACUGUGAUGACUGCAUUCGUUAUCCUGGUUGCUUGCAUGGCACCUGUCAACAGCCAUGGCAAUGCAACUGCCAAGAGGGUUGGGGAGGCCUCUUCUGUAACCAAGAUCUCAAUUACUGCACACAUCACAAACCCUGUCAGAAUGGGGCCACUUGCACCAACACUGGCCAGGGAAGCUACACCUGCUCAUGCAGACCUGGCUUCACUGGUGCCAGCUGUGAAAUUGAGGUCAACGAAUGUUCUGGAAGCCCGUGCAGAAAUGGAGGAAGCUGCUCUGAUCUUGAAAACACAUACAGCUGUACAUGUCCCCCUGGUUUCUAUGGAAGAAACUGUGAGCUGAGCGCCAUGACUUGUGCUGAUGGCCCCUGCUUCAAUGGUGGACGCUGCGCUGACAACCCUGAUGGAGGAUACUUUUGUCAGUGUCCGACAGGCUACGCCGGCUUCAACUGUGAAAAGAAGAUUGAUCACUGUAGCUCCAAUCCAUGCUCAAAUGGUGCUCAGUGUCUCGAUCUUGUGGACUCCUAUCUUUGUCAGUGUUCAGAAGGUUUUAGUGGAAUGCACUGCGAAGACAACAUUGAUGACUGUGCUGCCUAUCCCUGCCAGAAUGGUGGCACGUGCCAGGAUGGACUCAAUGACUACACCUGCACCUGCCCACCUGGAUACACUGGCAAGAACUGCAGCUCUCUGGUCAACAAGUGCAUCCACAACCCUUGCCACAAUGGGGCCACUUGCCACGAAAGGGACAACCGUUAUGUGUGCGCUUGCGUUCCGGGAUAUGGUGGUCGUAACUGUCAGUUCAUGCUGCCAGAUAACCCUCAGGGUCAAGCUGUUGUAGAGGGACCCAACAGGUACGAUGAGGACAAUGGUGCCUUUCCUUGGAUGGCAGUUUGUGCUGGGAUUAUUUUGGUGCUUUUAGUCCUGAUCAGUGGUGCUGUCUUGGUUGUCUACAUCCGUCUUAAGGUGCAGCAAAGGAGCCAGCAAGUUGACAGCCAUAAUGAAAUUGAGACAAUGAACAACUUGACCAACAACUGCAGCCGAGACAAGGACUUGUCCGUGAGCAUCAUCGGAACCACGCAAGUGAAGAACAUCAACAAGAAAGUGGACUUUCAGAGCGAUGCCACAGGUGGAGAAAAAAAUGGAUUCAAAUCUCGUUACUCGCUAGUGGAUUACAAUCUUGUUCACGAGUUAAAGCAGGAGGAUUCGGUAAAAGAGGACUCAGAGAAGUGUGAAACGACAAAAUCCGAGGCUCUCGAUCCGGAUUCGGACGAGAAGCACAGAAAUCAUUUAAAAAGUGAUUCUUCAGAGACAAAAUGCACAGAAUCUUUGUGCAAAGACACAAAGUACCAGUCAGUCUUUGUUAUAUCAGAGCAAAAGGAUGAAUGUAUUAUUGCAACCGAGGUGUAACGCCACAACGGAGCUGUAGCUCAUCUUGUUCUACAGGAGGUUUUACUCCAGUAAUGCUGCUCUAACCAGAGGGAAGUUUCCCUUCAUGUGACUGCUGCUGUGAAACUUAUGUUGAUGGUGACAUUCAGAAUGAGCUGGUUCUCAACUGAAGUAAACACAGUGACUGCAGGAAAGGACGUUGGGCCAUACUGGCUCGGACUCUCAAAGUUUGUUUCCCAGGAAUGUGCCAAAUGGACUUGUUGCACUUCCUGUAGGGACGGUUUUACCUCAUUGCACUACGAUGGGUUGUAUUUUUAAUGUAUUAACACACAAUUGAAAUGAAUACUGUGUAUGCAUAUGCACUGACCGCAGUGUGUAUCUGGAAGUUCUCUGAUCCAUUCUAGAUCAGGAGAGGAAAAACACUGCCAUCAAAUAUGUUUGUAACUGAUUUGCUUUUUUCAAAGGUUGUAUUUCUUUUAUUUAAAUGCUUAUUGUGAUCGAUGUGUUUGUGACUUUGAUGUAAUUUAAUAUCUGUUUCAUUUUGCAGAUUUGUCUAUUGUAAAUAAGGCACUUCGGGUCAAUGUGACUGUGUUCGGAUGUAAAUGUAUUUAAACAUGCUGUCAAAAUGUACAGGAAUUGUUUUAUGACUGUUGUUCAUGAAGAAAAUCACCUUAAUAUUUUUCCAAA